ACAACAAAUAAAAAAAAUAGAGGAGACAAACGCACCAAACUCUGCUGAAAAAGAGAGGGAAAACCUUCCCCUCCAAGCCCCGCUCGGCAUCCUUUUCUUGCUUCUACACGGAGAGUGAGAGAGGGCCUUUCUUUAACCAAAAAUCCUUCUCUUAAUGUCACUUUCAGUUUGUUCUUGCCUUCAUCCUCAACUACUUUACUCUUCAACUCUUUCUUGUUUUUUCUAACCAGCCCAUCACUUUACUCUGUUUAACUUGAUCCCUUUUUUCUUGCACUUCACUCUUUUCUCUUUGUUACUGACAAAACCCACAGAAAAGAAACCAAAUUUGAGUACCCAUUUGUGUUUUCUUGAGAAAACCUUGAGAAAGUAACGAUGGGAAAUUGUUUUACAAGUUCAAAGCAAUCGGUGGCAGAGUUGGCUCCUUGUGAUUUCAGCAAAUCAACCCCAGCCGUCCAAUUAUACGGUGACCCCACCAGUUCUUUCACUCUCUACCUUCAUCUUGCUCUUCUUUACAAGACUAGAGCGCUUCAAUUUACACCCACUAAUGACCCGAUUCCAGUGGUCCAAUUCGGGCCUGAAACAGUUUCAGGUUCCCGAGAGAUGAUGGUUCGGUUCAUUGAUGUGAAGUUGCCGCAACCGCCGUUGAUGGUGGUGGUGGAAGAGGGAGGUGAAACGGCAGCGUUGGUGGUUAAAAUGGUGGCGAUGCAACAUAGGAGUGUGGUGUGGCAUUUGGAGAGGAUGGUGUGGUGGAGUGAGGAUUUGGUGACACGUGGUGGGAGGAGGAAUGGUGAUCCGACUAUGGGGAGUGCGAGGAUGGAGGUGAGGAAGUUUGGGAAGAGUUAUUCACAGUUGCUAGAGAUCAUGGUUGAGCACGCGCAGAUGGAGGAGCGUGUGGUUUUUCCACUCCUCGAAACGGCUGACAGAGGGCUGUGUAAAGCUGCAAAUGAGGAGCAUGGAAGGGACCUUCCCAUCAUGAAUGGGAUCAGAGAAGACAUGAAAUCAAUUGGAGUUCUAGACACUGGGAGCAAUGACUACGGAGAGGCUCUUCGAAACCUUUCCACUCGGCUCAAAUCGUUGCUGGAACAUAGUAAAGAGCACUUCCAGGAGGAGGAGCGAGAUGUAUUACCAUUGAUGGAGGCUCUGGAACUGGGCAAAGAUCAGCAACUGAGGGUAUUGGAGCAAUGUAUUGAUGUGAUGCAAGGGACUCACUCGCAUUUGUUGAGCUUUUAUAUUGAAGGUCUUCUCCCUCGAGACGCCAUGCAGUACCUGGAUUUGAUUACAAGGUGCAAAGAGGAAAAACUCGUGGCCUCCAUGCUUCGCAGGAUUAUUGAGUAGGGUGCAGAAGUAGCUACAUUGGUAUGGUACGUAGAGUGGAAUGCUGGUUUUUUCUUAAUGUUGAUAGAGAUAAAAAGAAGUCGUGUGCUCUUAUAUAGCUGAAGCAAAAGCUAUUUGUUUUGUGGCAUGUACGGCCAGUGGUGCCAUUUCGAAACUGUUAUUUGUAAGCAAUGGAACUUUGUCAUGGAAUGCUAGAAAGAUUACUUGGCAGAAAACACAUUACAGUCAAGAUUCAUUUCACCGAUGGACUCAUUGGCAUACUUCUUGCUUCUCAAACCUGUCGAAUCAGAAUUGCUUCACCUCAUCGAUUACCCGUGGCCAUGGUCUGUAGAACACCUCGUCUGCAGAGUUCAUUUAUCCCUUUGAGAACUUAUUCAGUGAGGUGGAAUUUCAUGUUUAUGGACUUGGUAAGUCUAUGAUCAAACUGACUUCCAAAUACCGAUAUCUGGUGUGAUUUUGGUGAGGUGAAGGUUGAUUGUUUGUUGUCUUUUAAAGGGUAGAAGGCAGGACAUUUGUAAUUUGCGAUUGCUAUACGUCUGCUUAAUCUCUUAUGUGUUUCGAAAUAAAAAAUGGUGUGACUUGAUUUGAUGUGAACAGCAAGAGGUAUUUCUAUAUCUUUGAUGAAGAACUUGUGGGAUUCUUUUCCCCACUCGUUAAUCUGGGCU